AUGACUUGCAACUUAUUCCGUGGCAGAAUGUCAAGCGAUAAACGUGUGCUCUUCUUGACAUUAGUCUCCAUUUUUUUCAACUUAUCGAACGCUGAAAGUUUAAUUGAUCAUGGAUCUAACUCAAAAAACGGAAGCGUUCAUUGUUUUUCGAAAUUCGGGCGUGGACUUGAGUGGUUUCUCGGUUCAAAAAUAAAUCCAAAUCUUGUGGAGGUUAAAUUUUACUUAACAUCCCGCGACAAUCCUAUUCGCACUGAAGUCGCUUUAGGAAAUAAUUUCCAGUUGGAUGGAACUGGAUUUAAAAUAGAACGUCGAACUGUUAUGAUUGUGCAUGGGUUCAAGUCAAGUGGUAAAAAAAAUUGGGUCUAUAACAUGGAAACCGCUUUUCGGUUGUGGGGCGAUGUGAAUAUUGUAAUUGUAGACUGGGGCGAACAUGCAAAUACAGUCAAUUAUUACAAAGCUGCCGAGCACGUGAUGCCUGUAGGUCGUAAUAUAGUCAAGUUUUUGUCUCACAUCAUUAAUGCAACAAGUGAUUCCACACAAGAAAAAUUGGAUGAUUUGAAUUGGGGUCCGAUACAUAUGGUAGGACACAGUCUCGGCGCCCAUAUAUGUGGCAUAGCCGCGGAUGAAUUAAAAAAAAAAUCUUUACCUUGGAAAGUUUUUCGUAUAACAGGUUUGGAUCCCGCAAGGCCGUGUUUUUUGAGAAGUAACCUUUCACUAACAAAAAACGACGCUGAUUUUGUUGAUAUAAUUCACACACACGGAAAGUCUUCUUCUAAAUUUUCAUUCGGGAUGCAGGAGCCCAUCGCACGGAGUCAUUUUUGUUUAUUUAUAUCGUUAGGUCACGUUGACUUUUACCCGAACGGAGGGAAAAAGCAACCUUCAUGCAGUAGAACCAAAAAGCCCUGGUAUGCGAGGAUAAAACAAAAAACAUGCAGCCACGGUUUGUCACACAUGUAUUUCACAGAGUCGCUAAUUGCCGCGGCGUACAAUGCGGGAAAAUUUUGGUCUCACGAGUGGGACAGAUCUGCUCAGAGAGCUAUUGAAAUUAUUCAUGAGACUUGCGACCAAAAUAAUUGCAUUGAAAUGGGUAUCAACGCUGAAAACUAUCGAAAUAAUGAUAAUCCAGUGCUCGGGACCUUUUUUGUUAUCACUGCUAGCUCUCCGCCCUAUUACAAUGUUACCGCGGAUGAUCUCGACAAUUUAGAGGCUCAAAUUGUCGCAGGUUCUGCUGUAAAGUAA